AUGACGUUUCUGGCCCCCUACACGUCUUUGAUGCGACUUGGCCAAGGGUUCAAUUCCUACACCCAACAAAUUUGCAUUGAUGACGCUGUAAUAAUCCAUAGUCAUCCCGCCGAUGCCUCUUUGAAUCACUGUGAUUAUCUACCGGGCCAGUACCCAUUUGGUAAUGCAGAUUCAUCUGAGAGGGAUAACUGCGAAGUUGCCCUAGUAGAGACGACUAUUCAAUCUACAGACAAUAGUCUACAGCCGCAGCAUCCCCCUACGAAACCCGAAAAAGUUAAGGCUACAAAUGUUAAUCAGACAGUUACAUAUACUGCCCACGCAAUUGACAAUCUCGCGGACGUCGUUGACACCCUUAAUAUCUCCUCCAGCGCUACUAUCAGCUAUGCGAGUAGCCAGGCCAAUGGCUCCACUAAUUUUGUCAAGGAAAACAAUAUCAGCGAGAGCGAUAUCAAUUUCAUCGUCUCCGUUAAAGUGACAAAUGAACUUCCCAUACAGCCAACUCAGUUGGAGUUUCGGGCCAUGGAAGGCUUAGACCCUGAUCGAUUCUCGGAGGUGUAUGGCGAUUGCUUUAUCGCGGGCUUCCUUGAAGGCGGUGAAUUUUCAGCCAUUGUUAGUAUCAAAGUCCAUGACAAGAACAAAAUCUCUAGGGUGAAAAUGGCGGCGGAAAUGCAGCUGUCUGCAACGAAUUACUUCCAACCUUUAAGUGGUGCCUUGGCCGAGAGGGAAAAAGAAGAUAUCUGGACAGAUACUGAGCUUAGCAUUUCGGUGACAUGGUCGGGGGGUGGCAGCAUCAAAAAACCCAAAGCGAGUUGGGACCUGCAAACUAUAAUCCAAGCUGCCAAUGACUUUCCCGCCCAAGUUUCGAAAUAUUCACAGAAAACCCAGGCGAUUCUGAUGAGCUACAACUCUGUUCGAUCCUUCCACGAGUUCAAUGCAAAAUCUGCACGACCAUUCGUUGUUCUUGACUAUCGUUUAUGUGAGAUAUACACCGCCGAGUUGCUCAGUGCAUUCAUCGCCUAUAAAACUUUAUGGAAGCUAAUCUCAAAAAUUAUUAGAAACCCUGAGCUUUAUCAGGCGAAAGAUGCAACCGACAAGGUUCCCAACCCUAUUCAACCUGACUCGAUCUCCCUUAACCAAGCCAAAAUUGAUUGCAGAAGGGGGAUGACCAUGAUCCUUGAGGAAGUGUACAUUGGAUCUUCUGGAAAUGGGGACCAUCGUGGCCUCAGCCGCGUUUCUUCGAUACCGGAGGAAAUUAAUGUUGUCAAUAAAUACGUUUCAGGUCCUUCGAUCCUCCCACAGCUAGGGGACAAUCAAAGGGGGAAGCUUCCCAGCGUAAACGACACCUUCUACUCAGCCACCUCCCCCGAUGGACAAGAAUAUCCCAACAACAAUCCUAUCCACUCCGUAGACAACGCGAACGGUCGUGAAGACAUGGAUGGGAAUUGGGGACGCACAAAGGCUAGUCGGUCUUGCUUCCUCGCACCUAGCUUCGUUGCUACUGCAAGCCUGAACUGCCUUGGCCUAGUCUAUCGUGUUAUCUUACUGCGAUGCUUUUUCCCGAAGCCCAAGCAUGUGCAAUUCAAGACUCCCAGGAGAAGCUCGAAUCAAGAGCAGCCAAUUCGCGAACAGCAAGUGGCAGUUAUGGCUGGAGCGGUUACGGCACCUGAAUCUUCAUAG